GACGGCCAGUUCAGAGGGCAAGAAACAGCAUCCAGAGGAACCCAGAGAUGAUCAGAGAACUCAUUCUUACAGGACUACUGGUCCUGCUUUGGCACCAGAUGGAUGUACAGGCGCAUACAUUGAGCAGACACAGUUCUGCCAGCAACAUGGCCAAGCUGAAGAGCUUAUUGCAGCAGUUUGAGGAAGCCCUGGCCACAGAAGACAGAGCCGUAGAUUAUGAAGACAGCAACACCAUGCUGGAGCAGAGCCCCGCUUCCACGUCCUGGGACAGAGACAGAGAGGACGAAGCAGCUCCAGCGGAGGACACCAACCUCCCAGAUGGAUUCGAGACACCGAGAAACCGCCUUAUAGAUCUUCUCAUGUCCACCCGGAGCAAGAGCCUGUCUGGCUGUUUUGGGGGAAGGCUGGAUCGCAUAGGGUCAUCCAGCACCCUCGGGUGCAACUCUAAAAAAGGUUAGCUACGACGACUGAAUACAGUGACAUUAAAAUUACAAUAUAUUUUUAUGGUAUAUAAGUUAUUUUACAUGUGGAUAGUUGUCCAUGAACUUUCUCUUUUUCAUUUAAAAUAAGG